GAGUUUAUAUAUUUAUCUGCAACUGCGAGGACGUGCAAGCUCUGCUCAUCCCUUCCUCUCCUCCAUAAUCACCGAGUUAAUCCCCUCCCCUGAGUGGCCGAGUUCCACUGAUGGGUCCCAGGAAGUUUCUCUUGGCCACCAUUACUACCGUAUCAGUUCUUCUUCACAUGUUUCCCUACGCCAAUUCCGAGCCGAUAGCCCUCCCUCCCGAAGCUGCCUAUGGCCCAGCCGCAGAGAGUUCAGACGCGGGCGCGCCGGAGCUCAGCCCGGGGCCGCCGCCGAUGGUGUUCGACGUGGACGACUACGGCGCGUCAGCCGGCGGCGACGCCACCGAGGCGUUUCUCGCGGCGUGGAAGGACGCCUGCAACUCCUCCGACGACCCAUCCCUGUUCCUCGUGCCGGAGGGGAAGACCUACCUCCUCAUGCCCCUCAGCUUCAGCGGGCCCUGCAGGGCUACCGCGAUCACAGCAAUGAUCAGGGGGACGCUGGAGGCGCCGUCAAACCGGUCGGUCUGGCUCGACGGCGAUCGCCAGGAGCGGUGGAUCACGUUCGAGGACGUCGACGGGCUCCAUGUCAUGGGCGGCGGGACGCUCAACGGGCACGGGCAGGAGUGGUGGGUCAACUCGUGUAAGGUCAACAAAUCCAUGCGAUGCGUCGCCGGCCCGACGGCCCUGUACUUCAGAAGCUGCAACCAUCUGGUGGUGGACGACCUGGAGGUGAAGGACAGCAUGCAGAUGCACGUCGUGAUCGCCUACUGCUGGAAAGCAGCCGUCUCGCGGCUGUUCGUCACGGCGCCGGGAUGGAGCCCCAACACCGACGGGAUCCACGUAUCCAACAGCAGAGAGGUGUCCAUAACCAACUGCAUCAUCAGCACAGGUGAUGACUGCAUAUCCAUUGUGUCUGGAUCAGAGUGUGUGCGGGCAUCAGGCAUAUAUUGUGGGCCGGGACAUGGAAUAAGCAUUGGCAGCCUAGGAGCCAACAAAUCGCGGGCCCAUGUCUCUGACGUGCUGGUGGAGAAGGCCACGCUGGUGGGCACGACCAACGGCGUGCGGAUCAAAACUUGGCAGGGAGGAGAAGGGUCUGCGGAGAGGAUUACUUUCCAAGAUAUAAAGAUGUACAACGUCACUAACCCUAUAAUCAUUGAUCAAAACUACUGUGACUCCAAGAAACCAUGUUCUGAACAGGACUCGGCUGUUGCCAUAAGUGGCAUACGCUACAACAAAAUCCACGGAACCAGCUCUUCGAAGGUCGCCGUCAAAUUCAUUUGCAGCAACGCCGUGCAUUGCGACGGCAUAGUGAUGCAAGACGUUUCCUUGGUCGGGCAAGGGCACCGCCUUACAUGUUCUUCCGUGAACGCCAGGGUUAUAACACCAGGAUUUAACUCCCCUUAUUGCAGAUCGGACAUGUAGUUCGUUUUUCCGUUACUACUACAAGGUUUACCCGUCUCUAUACUCUGUGUUGUAGAGGGUGCUUAGCCCAGGGGUAUUUUUUAGGGAGUUUUGGCAUUAACUAGUAGUAGUAUUCCAAAAGUACCCUCGGCACCCCCCCCGUGUACUGACAUACCAAAAAAAAUCACCUUCGAAUCAUUGUGCGGAGACUUUUAACGCGUACUUGCGU